GCGAAAAGGGGAAAAAUAACCUACAUUUGAGGUUCGCCAAAUCGCUCUGGUGGUAUUGGUGGGGUAAUCGACGGCCAUCCUCGCUGGGCGAUUGGACGAGAAACACAUCGGUAACUUGCCGCCAUGGAUUUAUCGCAACCGAAUACAGGGAGCAACGAGGUCUUUUGCAAUAGAGCGAACAAGACUAAUAAAAUGCGUCUUCCGUGGUCAUCCAAAGAGGAGGUUGUUUUGGUGACAGCACUGAAAGAGCUCGUUGCUGAUGGAUGGAAGUUCGACAAUGGGUUCCGGGCGGGGUUUCUUGGUAAACUCGAAGACGCAAUUAGGAAAGAAUUUCUCGGGACAAAUUUGAAGGUUGUGCCACACAUCAACUCGAAGAUCGGCACAUGGAAAAAGAACUUCUACACGUUGCCAGCUAUGUUGGCACGUAGCAGUAUCGGAUUUAACUCAAAUGGGGAUCACAUGGUCGAUUGCACCAACGAUCAAUGGGAACAAAUCGUGAAGUGUGAUCCAAACGUGCGCCUUAUGCGCUAUAAAAGUUGGCCGUUAUAUGACUCGUGGAAGGAGAUAUUUAGAAAUGAUAGGGCGACCGGGGAUAGGCAGAGGAUUUUAUGGAUGUUGUCAACGAGUUGAAAUGUGAAGAUAAUCUAGUACAGGGAACGAGGGCUAAUAAUGUUGAUGGAUAUGUUCUGAUUGAGGAAGAACUCAAGAACGAAAUGGAGAAGAUAACGUUUGUCAAAAAGGCGGCGCAAAUGUAUGAUCUACGAGCAAGAAGCGAAAGCAGGAUGAUGGUCUUGAUGACGUGCAUGAAUUGCUCGUGGAGCUUGGUCAGAAUACUGAUAAGAGACUAGAGAGCAUUGCCAAUAGGAUCAGGUACGAGUUCGAUUUGAGCAAGGCAAAGACGAAGGUGUAUCAAACCCCUCGCGCUAUGUCGGGACUUUCCAAGGACGAUAUGUUUGAAGUGUGUGAGAUACUUGCGGACAAAGUCGAACGACUUGAACCCUUCAUGGGUUUACUCGUUGACGCUCGUCAAGAUUAUCUUCUUCGCGUGCUAAUAACUCGGGGCAAGUAGUAACAUGUUUGUAAAAACAACUUGGGAUGGACUGGAGCCAAAAAUUUGAACUCUUGUUUCCUUUUUGUUUUUUAAUUUCCUGACUUCUCCAAACCUAUGUUUCUUGUAAGUUAAGAUAGUGCUAAGUUUUUGUUGUAUGAAUUUGCA